GCAAAAUCUACAACCUACUAUCCAGCGGCCAACCUCCCACUCGGCAACCUCCUCAUACUUCACCCUAUUCGUCAUCUGCUGCAGGCAAACACGGAUAUAACAAGACACUGAGUCACAUUUUCGCAACACAUGCUGCAACCAGCAAUCGCAUGUGACUGGAUAGCAAUCCUGUAGACACCAUCACGUUAUCCUGGUUUCCUUCAACUAUUAACGGGCUUCGUCGCCACUCUUAGUUUGUAGAGAUGCCUCAGUCCCAAUCCGACUCUUUUGUUGAGGAAGUGACGGAGUUUCUCGAAGACCAUAUUCCGACACGAAACCUCCAGAUAUAUCCCAACGGGGACAAGAUUGGACGCCGUGGUUCCACCUCAAAGCAAUUAGACAAUGUCUCGAACACGACAAGAACGUCGAACCGAAUCGACAAUUACAGCUACGGGAUGAAUCUAGCCAGGAACCAAGGAACGGUACUACCCCAUCUGCAGCCAAAUUCGCCAGCUGUGCCGAUUUUUACGGGUGGAGCAUUUGAAUCGCCAAGCGGAAACGAAGCGGAGGCACAGACGGAAUCUGAUAUUGAAUUGGAAGAAGAAGAAGCCAUGUGCGAAGAAAUACACAAAGCUAUGCGAUUCACGAAGCCUAAGCCUACAUCUUCGAACCAAUGGCUUCCAUUUGGAGACUUGCAUUCGUUCAGCCAACGUUCUCGAGUCAAUGCUGUUCUUCGCCAGCACUUCUCUGGACGCGAGUUGAGUAGUCUCGCUGACUACGUCUGUGGCGUGGACAGGACAGAAUGUAAGGGAGGAGAGACAAGUCAACGUAUUUUUGUGAUUUUGGUCUUAAUGUGCAAGGUAAAGAGACUGCCGGCGUUCAUGAAGGAUGGUUUACGUGACCGUGAUCUGCCUUUCGAGUGGCUCAAUCCCGCGUCACUGGAAAACUUGAUCAGUCCAAAAUCUCAGUUUGGGGAUAAUCCCCUUCCUUGUUUCAAAAAAGGAGGUACAAGGCUGUCGAGGGAGUUCUAUGAGAAGCAGUGGAAAAUUCUUGCCCCCAUCAUUGACCUCGAUGAGAAGAGAGAGGUGACUACUUUUCACUUAGCUGAGGAAGUAGUCAUGCCCUGGACCUCCAUUGGGGAGGAGAGAAGGGAAGGGACAUUCUCUAUGGUCCAAAAAGUUGAGAUACACCGGGACCAUCAUUCGUUUCACGACCACAAGGCAUUUGCUCUCAAAACCCUGCUCGCGGCAGAACCUGACCAGGCCGAAAACGAGUUUGAGAAGGAACUCAAAGCCUUUACCAAGAUGGUGCCAGGAAACCAUAUCCUCGAUCUUUGCGCGACUUUCAAGAUUGGGAGCAAGUAUUCCUUUUUGUUCCCUUGGGCGGAAGGGGGCAAUUUACGGCACUUUUGGAAUACUUGCCCGACGCAGUUACAACAAGGUAAGAUUUCACCUGCAGCACUCCUUCGCUGGGUAGCAAAGCAAUGCUAUGCGCUGGCGGAGGCCCUGCAAAGCAUUCAUGAGGUUCGCGUCAAAGCACUCAGAAAGGCAAAACGGAUUUCUGAAGAUCAGGAAACCGACAGCGACAUAUAUGGAAUCCAUGGUGACAUAAAGCCCGAGAACAUAUUGCUCUUCAAUCAGCUGGGCGACCCCCUGGAUAUCGGUGUCCUAAAAAUCGCAGACUUCGGUCUCACAGAGUUUCACAGGCUGACAUCACGAACUCGGCCUCUCACCCAAGGUCCCAAUGAUCGACGUCCUGCCCCCACAUAUGAUGCACCGGAGCUUGUACAGCUUGGGGAGGUAUACUCCAGGAAGGCAGAUGUGUGGGCUUUAGGAUGUGUCUUCUCCGAGUUUCUUACUUGGGUGGUUCAUGGGACCCUCGCCGUGACUGAGUACAACAGUGCUCGCGCCAAAGAAAGAGAUUGGGAUGGCGAGCAAAAGAAGGCUAAAUGGAUGGAAGACAAAUUCUUUUUGGCGAAAUAUUAUCGAAGUACGGUCAAAACGUCGUUAAAGAAAUCAGUGAAAAGUUGGCUGGCUCAACUCUAUCAUGAGUCGAAGACCGAAAAAGCGAAUUUUGUGACAGACUUUGUGGACCUUCUCAGAUACAAGGUUCUUGAAUGCGACAGGAAAAAGAGAAUAAGCUGUGAAGACUUAGUCGAGGAGUUGGCGAAACUUGCGUCUAGAGCUAGCGAGGACGAUACAGAUGAGGGAUACUGGGGCCCACCUUUACCAUCCUUCCGCCAGGUUGCUAGUGGUUCUACCCGAAGGGUGGCCUUUUCUAACCAAUCUUCGGAUUCUUCGGGCAGUUGGAUACAUGUACCGGCAUGA